UCUUCUCAUGUUAUUUCCAGCAGCAAGAUGAUGGAGGAGUAUGGCAAGGAGGGUCCCAUCCUUAGCAUCUUCCUGUCGGAAUUCCACAACAUUGCAGGCCCUAAAAUAGUGUAUCAGUACCCUGAGAACUAUGUCACAAAGGAGGUGUUUGAUGCAGUUUCUGUCUACAUCAUCCCAAAGCCACAGAUCCAGAAGAGGAUCAUCACAGUCAAUGUCCUCGGCCACAAGAUAACAGGCUUCCCCAAUGAGAUCAAGAACCCCAGGUACGUGCGCAAUGCCCUCAUCUUCAACCUGUGCUUCGUGUGUGACUCCAAGUCCCGUACAGUGCACUAUGAGCCUGCUGUCAAAAAGCUCUCCGAAUACCUGGAGAAUCUGGAGCUGGAGAAUGGCUUCCUCUCUAACGAUGACAGUCGAGAGCAGAUACCCAGGAUGCUGCGCCACAUCCUGGAGGAGCUCAAUGCACGGGGAGAGUGCACCGUGACAGUGAACCUCAGUGAUCAGAAGCUGGUGGCAGCAGAGCACUCAGAGCGCAAGGUAGGUGACAAGGGAGAGCGCAGGAUGAGUCUUCUGAGUGACAGGAGGCACCCUAUUGGUGAUGGGAAAAUUGGGAGCCAGGAAGGCCAUGAAAGGAGGAUGAGCAUGCUGCCCGACCUCCAGCAAGAGGAGAUCUCUCAGAGGGUGCUACGGAAACCUUCAGACUCUGAAUCGAAGGCCCGUCGCAAAUCCUUUGAUGGGAAGAACAAGCAAGGCCUCAGCACAUCUGUUCUUCAUCUGAAGGUGGUUCGCAUAUGGCCUGACCCACCACACGUGCUCGACCACCAUGUCCCCAUUCUGAUUUCAGAGAGGGUGCUCAGCCAAGGGGAGCACUGGGAUUUAACCACACAGCAAGUGCUGCCCUACAUUGAUGGCUAUGCACAUGUAGCCAAGAUUGCAGCAGCAGCUGAUGUCGAAAGCAACCUGGUCAAGGCAUGCGUGGAGAACCUGCUCUACUAUGACCAGGUGCGUCUCCUGCCCAUCUUCCAGUACUCAAACAUAUACACAGUGACUUCAAACAUCGGCAAGCUCUAUGACAACCAUGAACUGCAGGAGGAAUGCCAGCGUGCCGUUGGGAAGAAUUCAACCUCGUUGCCACAGCUCUCACACAUCAUGAUGCUCUACUGCAGCAUGACCUACGGGGUGAGCGUGCGGGACCUGUGCAUCCGCUUUAAUCCACAGGCACUCAAUGUGGAUGAGCGGAGACUUAUCCAGUUCGGCCUCCUGCACAACCUCAUCCGGCGGCUGCAUCAGUAUCCAGUCUUUCUCAGUCCUGAUGGGGAGGAGGGGGAGGAGCAGGAGGAGCAGGAGGAGCCCCCCCACCCCAGGGCACCCCCAGCAGGCUGA